GUUUCCCGUGAGCGCGCACAGUCCCCGCCCUUCCACGAUCCCCCCCGCCCAGUGUUUGAGCUCAGUAGACGGUGGCCGGAAAGGGACAAUGGUUUCUAUGUCAGCGGACCAACGCGCUCGCGAGGCGGGGAGACGCAGUGAGUGAGUAAGCGAGUGAGUGAGUGAGCGAGUGUAUGCUGAGGGGCGACGAAGCAACCAGAGAUGCUGGUGGCCGAUAGUGCAAGAGCCAUGCAGCGCCGGGGCCUAGUGGAGGGGCCAGACUUCGAAGUUUUCCAGCGUCGCUAUUUCACGCCGGCCGAGGUGGCCCAACACAACGUGCCGGAAGACCUGUGGGUGUCCUACCUGGGAUUCGUGUACGACCUGACGCCGUUGGCUGUCAAGUACAAGGGAGACCUGCUGCUAAAACCCAUCGUGGAAGUUGCGGGCCAGGACAUCAGCCACUGGUUCGAUCGGAAGACUAGAGACAUCCGCAAGCACGUCGAUCCGCUGACCGGUACGCUGAGAUACCGCACCCCCCAGGGCCGCUUUCUGCACGUCCCGCCUCAGCUGCCGCGUUCGGACUGGGCCAAUGAUUUCGGGAAGCCCUGGUGGCAGGGGGUGCGUUAUGAGGUGGGGCGGCUGUCUGCCAAGACCCGCAACAUCCGCAUCAUUAACACACUCACGUCGCAGGAGCACACCCUGGAGGUGGGGGCCCAGGAAUCAAUGUGGGAAAUCCUACACCGCUAUCUCCCCUAUAACGCACAUGCUGCCAGCUACACAUGGAAAUAUGAGGGGAAGAAGCUGAACAUGGAUCAUACCCUGGAAGAGAAUGGGAUCCGGGAUGAGGAUGAAGAAUUUGACCAUCUCAACAUGGACGGCACACUCUACACGCCUGCAAUCCUGCUGUACUUCAAUGAUGACCUCACGGACCUGUAGGGACGGAGACGAAGGCUUCUGUGGACCCAAGAUGUACUUUGAGUGUGGCUGUUUCUGUGCCCUGUAGGUGGGGGAGGGGCGGGUGCCGGAUGGAGACCUCCAUUCCAGUCCAGACACUGGCCUGCGGUGUCUGGAUCCUUCUGAAGCGUACAGGUCCUGGUCCCCAGGCCCACUAUGAUCUGCUCAGACGAAGUUAGGGUGAACGCUAGAAGCACGUUCAUUAACCCUCUGGAAUGACACGAGAAGAUGAAGUGUGUUGGAUUAGGGAGGCAGCCAGAGCCCAGGCAGAACUUUUUGGCUGUCAGAGAAGAAGUCCUACACAGGGAUGAGGGAUGGGAGCACUUACGG